UCGCUCGCUCGCUCUGCCGUCCCGGAGCUCGCCGGAGGGAGCCGCCCGGCCUUCGGGGACCGCUUUUGUCCGGAACCUGCCCUUCGGGCGGAGCAGGUUUCCUCGGCUGUGAGAGUGUCGCCUCACCGGAGGGGACGGUCUGUGUUUACCUCGCUCGACGAGACCCGCCGUCACCCGGCCCAGAGCCUUUUUUUUUAAUUUCAUUUUUUCACUUUUUUUUCUUGUGUGGGGUCUCGGUGCCUCGACUCUCUCCAGAUUUUCUUGUGUUGCUCCCCAGACUUUGGUUUUACUGCAGGGUCGCCCUCCCGGCGCGUCCCGUCUUUCCCGAGACAAGGAGAUGGCCAACUCGGGCCUGCAGCUGCUGGGCUUCGCCAUGGCCAUGCUGGGCUGGGUGGCCCUGGUGGCGAGCACCGCCAUCCCGCAGUGGCAGAUGAGCUCCUUCGCGGGCGACAACAUCAUCACGGCCCAGGCCAUGUACAAGGGGCUCUGGAUGGACUGCGUCAUGCAGAGCACCGGCAUGACGAGCUGCAAGACGUACGACUCGGUGCUCGCCCUGCCCGCGGCCUUGCAGGCCACUCGCGCCCUCAUGGUGCUGUCCCUGGUGUUGGGCUUCCUGGCCAUGUUUGUCGCCACCAUGGGCAUGAAGUGCACGCGCUGCGGGGGAGAUGACAAAGUGAAGAAGGCCCGGAUAGCCAUGACGGGGGGCAUCGUCUUCAUCAUCGCCGGCCUCGCUGCCUUGGUCGCAUGCUCCUGGAUUGGUCAUCAGAUUGUCACAGACUUUUACAACCCCUUGACGCCCAUGAAUGUUAAGUACGAGUUCGGACCUGCCAUCUUUAUCGGCUGGGCGGGGUCUGCUCUGGCCCUUCUGGGAGGUGCCCUGCUCUCUUGCUCCUGUCCUGGCAGCGAAGGCAAAGCUUCAUACCGUGCGCCCCGCGCCUACCCCAAGUCCAAUUCCGCCAAGGAGUAUGUGUGAGCCUGCGGGCUCGGUGUGGCAGCAAGGCCUCCGGUCACGACAUCUCUGAACACCAUGUACAGUUCCCUUGGAGGGCGGGCCCUGCGGGGAGGGGGGCUGGGAGAGGAAGACACAACUCGGGGCGUGCUUUUUGUACAGUAAUAAAGUUUUGGAGAGUAGGCGUC